AAUAAAAAGUCUGGGGAAAGAUCAAAAUCCCAAAAAGCAAAUUUGGACCUAAAUCAAGUGAAAGAACAUGGUGUAUUGUUUGAGUGUGUUCCUGAUAGCUGUACUGACCAAAAGAAACCCGAUUCCACUAUAAUGUACUGGGUGGUAGGGAGGCUCUUCCUAGAUCCAAAACCUCGGGAAUUUUAUGUCUGUUUUCAUGACUCAGUCACAGAGGUUGCUGUUGAAUUGGCUUUUAAGUUAUCAUUUGGUUUAGCUGUAUAGAUAAACAUAUCUGCAAUUUUUCAUUUUCUACGUCGCACAAAACAGAAGUAUUAACAUUGUGGUUUUGUUUGAGGUGCUCUUUAAAAUAUUCUCUAAAAUCAGUUAUUUAAUAGAAAAAAAUUCAAACAUUUAUAACAUUAUUUAUGAAAGUCAUUCCUUUCAGAAGACUGGGUGUUAUGAUAUUAUGUAUUAAUUAUACAUUAUAUGUAAAUAUUACGUAUAGAAUCAAUGAUCAAAAUAUAUACACACAGCCACAUUUUUUUCCUUAAAGCCAUAUCCUUGGAAGAUGCACCUGUAGAACUUGCAAACAAUCUCAUUCAUUAUGCAGUUAGGUCAGAGAAUUCUAUUAUGUAUGCACUUUUUUGGACUUUAUUUAAAGAGUACAAUGUAAUGCUUGCAUAUUAUGUCCAAGGCAGGGAACUGUUUUAUUUCAGCUUAGUAUGGAGUUUAAGAUCAAAAUAGGUAGAUACCAAAACUAGAGUUCAAAACUUCAGAUGAUCAACAUGGUUUUAUCAGAAAUAAAGGAAAAAAAUCUUAGUUUUUGCUGUCAUCUAAUGAUUGUUCAGAUCUGGUGGCCUUAACAAAAUGGAUUCCUUAAAACUUGCAGAAAAUUUAUAUGCGAAUUCUUAGGGGAGAUAGUUUACCUUACAUUAAAUGGAUAUAGUACUUUGUGAUACAAAAAGAAGUUAUAUUUAUAUUUAGAAAAUAUGUGUUAUAAAAUAAAACUGAAAGUUUCCUGGUACUUUGAAGCAAAUGGGGAAUUGUCCAUUUCGUUUCAGAAAAUGUUAUAUGACUUUUUUACAAUAAAGGAA